CAAAUCACGGGUUGGGCGAACGGGCUAACUGUCUAGCCUUUAUUUACGCUCUACCAAAACCUAGGUAAGGAACUAUGAAAAACAGGAGCAAAUUAGCAGCGAUUCCUUCAAGAAUGCAAAAACAAAUUGUUCAACUUGCUUUCCACUAGUUGGCUGAUUGGAGAUGAACCGAUCAAGUGAAGCAGCCGCCAUGAAGCGGAAAAGACCAAACAUGGAUUCACCUACUCAGGGACUUGUAGAUGCUGACUGUAUAGUGCUCAAUGUGGUUAAAAGUAAAAAGAAUCUGGGUAUCUUGUUGUCGGAGGUGAAGAAAGAGGCAAACCUAGCACCCAUUGUUGUGGAUAAAUCCUUGAAGUCACUGGUGAAAAAGAAGUUGAUAAAACAAGUCUUAAAUGUCCAAAGUAAGGGAAGGAAGCAGUACAUUUACAUGGCUGUUGAGUUUGAACCUUGGGAGGAACUGACUGGUGGUGCUUGGUACUUGGAGGGAAAACUUGACAAGGAAUUCAUCACAGUUCUUAGAGACACUUGCCUCAAGGUCAUAGAAAUGCUGAAAGUCUCUACUGCAGAGGGAAUCCACGACUUGUUGAAGAAAAGGAAAGUUAUUGAGUGCACAAGUCAGCAAGUCGCGGAAAUAUUGAACUCUAUGGUUCUGGACAAUGCUAUUAUAGAGGUAAAGAGCAGUGGAUUGGGAGAAUAUCAUUCUAUUCCUGUUGGAUCAGUAUGUUAUCGAACUGCAAGUGGAGUUACGAAAACAAUCGGGCCAAUGGCUUCAAUUCCAUGUGGUGCUUGCUCUAGGAUUAGUCUAUGUACACCAAAUGGAGUUAUAUCCCCACAAACCUGUGUCUACUACACUAAAUGGUUCAACUUUGAAUUUUGAACUCUCAAGUGUGAUGACAACUCUCAACUUUUUUACUUCCUUUUGACAUAUAUAAAAUUGUUUUAGAUAGCUAAAAAUUUCUAUUAUCUCAAUUUAUUUUAGUAGAGACUAAAUACGUUAUUCCAAUGUUUAAACAGACUAUCCGAAACAAAUUCAAACA